GUCCGCCUCUCCUAUAUAAACGCACGUCCACCGCUCCCUGUUUUCUUCAUCCUCGUUCCCUUGCACUGCGCCAACAAACAAUUAACUACACUCUCACUAGCUAGCUAGGCGAGGCUAGGCCGGCGAGGGAGAAGGAGAAGGAGAAGUAGGCGCCAAGAUGUUGAGGAUGCAGCAGCAGGUGGAGGGCGUGGUGGGCGGCGGCAUCGUGGCCGAGGCGGAGGAGGCGGCGGUGUACGAGCGGGUGGCUCGCAUGGCCAGCGGCAACGCCGUGGUCGUCUUCAGCGCCAGCGGCUGCUGCAUGUGCCACGUCGUCAAGCGCCUCCUGCUUGGCCUGGGAGUCGGCCCCACCGUCUACGAGUUGGACCAGAUGGGCGGCGCCGGGCGGGAGAUCCAGGCGGCCCUGGCGCAGCUGCUGCCCCCCGGACCCGGCGCCGGCCACCACCAGCAGCCGCCGGUGCCCGUGGUGUUCGUCGGCGGGAGGCUCCUGGGAGGCGUGGAGAAGGUGAUGGCGUGCCACAUCAACGGCACGCUCGUCCCGCUCCUCAAGGACGCCGGCGCGCUCUGGCUCUGAGCCGCAUUGCUUUGCUGUCUCGCCGGCCGGCCGGAACUGAUGAUGGUGGUGAUCAACGACGGCGUUUACUUUGUGUGUUGGUCGUCUUUUCUUUUCUUUUCUUUUCUUUUCAUGUGCCGUGCCUGUGCCUGUGGCUGUGCGAUGGAUGGACGCGUGCGUGCAAUGCAUGGUGUGUUGAGCUUCACUGGCUAGUGAGAUGUAGAUAUAAUUAACAAGGAAAGCUUAAUUAGCCUUGUCAGUUGCGUGUGUUUGUGUUUUCUUUUUUUAGGUGAUGGUUAUCUAGCACGUACUAGUUCGUUA